UAUAGAGUAUGGGGGUGAUGGGGUAGUGUAGAGACAUAUGGAUAGUAUGCGCGCCCUAAGGACGGUACCUGACAAUGUCCGUCACAGUGGCGCGCCCAGUACUAGGGAAAUCAUUAUUGUACAGAAUUCAGUAGAACUGGAGUACCAUGGCUAUGAAGGAGAAAGUAGUGGCAAGGGCGCCACUGAUACACAAGUCAAGGAACACCUCAAUGAACUAUUCUCCCUAGUCCAGGGACUAGGCGGUACUGCAGUGGUCCGGACCUACAUAGACCAGUUGGCACAGGUACUCAGUGCACUCGUUGGGUGGAGUAGGAUAGAUCAGUGUAGGAAUGGCAGCUGUGGUGGCAAUGACAAACCACAUGGCAAAGAGAAGUGCGAGUAUCUGAAGGAUAAAGCGCCGAGUAACAAGUGUGGCACCUGUGGUUGCAUGAAAUGGGUAGUGAUCCAGGGCAUCGAUUGGGUACAACUGGGCAGGGGAUGUACCAAGUGUAAGGAUAGUGGUGGUGAAGAAGAGAGAAAGAAGCAGAACUGUGAGUGUGGUACUGAUGAUGAACAGGAGUGCUCUCCGGAGAGCUGUAAAUGCGCUUUAGCAGGCAAAUGCUGCAAGUGUUGUUGUAAGGAUUGUAGUGGGAAGUGUAAGGAUGCCAAGUGUAGUUGUGAUAAGGAGAAAUAUAAAUGCCAUGAGGAAAAGAAGGGAGAGAAUGACGUUCAACGUGGCGAUUACACAAUAGAAAGCUAUAUGUCAGCAUAUGCCAAAACGUUGUAUCAGUCAUAUGUAGGAGGAUCAAAUGCGAUAAUCCGACAACCUACUUGGAAUGAUCUCAAGUACUUACCAGAUCCUGACACUCCCUCCCAACGCCGCCACCAAUGUGCCCGUAUUUUACUAGGCUCAGUAUGUCUCAUUUGGAGUGGCAUUACCUAUAUGCAUUGGACGGGAAAGUGGACCAAAACCAGUCCAUACUGGAACAAUCACAUCCUCGACGGUAGUGGUAUAGAUGACGGUACACUAUCCCAAUGGCUGCAGGCCUUAGGGUUUCCUAGGGAAAUGUUGAACAGCAAGGGGCCGAAAAAUAGAUUAGAUCAGGUUAUAUGGGAUGGAUUUAUGGGACAACUGUUUCUAGGGUUUACUCACCCUACAGGUGUUUAUGGUCAGGACGGUAAUACAGCAAAACAACCGUACGAUAUGAAUUACGCCGGUUUUGUACAUACUGCACAUAGGGACUCGUUCAAUGAAGAAGCUAGUGUCUUUCCUAAGAAUAGCAGCUCUAGUACUGGCCAAGUCAGUGACAUUAACCAGCACAAAAUGGGUGCCAUAUUCAAGCUCUACAUUUUAUCAUGUGCCUACUUUACUGGAUUGCAGAAAAAGAGUACUAAAAGUGCAAUUCAGAAUACUACCCCUAACACUCCCAAGACCAUCCGGGAAAUCCUCUACUGGCUUAGUGCAUUGCCCUAUAGUCAGGGAUAUAAGGGAAUACUAGGCUACGGCAAAGAAAGACUAGAAAAGGUACUGGAACAUGCCACGGAGAAAAAGCUUAAAUUUAUCCAAACAGGCCGUAACGCUCCCAUUACAGUUGAUGAAUUCAACCUGUUUGCCCACUUCCAAGCAGUGACCCAGUAUUGCCCACUGGUCCUCAUAGGUAUCCAGGGUGGAAUACACAGUACUGAUAGCACUGACAGCACUAAAGAACCUGCCAUCCACUCCCUCUACGCUAACACUGAGUGCAACUUCACCUAUCCCACUGUAUCCAUCCAAGCAUACAACCAGGUGGUACACUACAUUAGGGCUCUAUUCUACCAACUCUAUUUCCUUAGGAAGCAAUGUGCAGUUAAAGUGGCUCUAGGAGGGAAAUGGCGUGAAUGUAGGUAUGGUAAAGAUGUGCUUGGGAAGAAUGCCAUUAGCUGGAUGUGCCUGGGGUGUGACCCCAUGGAGCAUGAUAGGAAAAAUAGGGUAGGGAAGGUAAAGGGGGAGUUGGUGGAGUUAUUGAAGAAGGUAGAAAAGGGAGAGGAAUCGGAGGAUGGAGAGGGAGAUGGUGGAUCAGAGAGUGAAGAGACAAAACAAGAAGAUGAACUUGCAAAGAAGCUGAAUGCACUCCUGGAUGCUAUUGGUCAGGUAGCGGUACAAUUGGGUAAUGCCCAGGAGGUAUUGGAAAAGAAGGCUGAGAAUAAAGCGAUAGAGGGGGUGAAGAAGGCACUAGGGAAGGCUAAGGAUGGACUGGAGAAGGCUAGGACGGGACUAAAGAGUGAGCUGGGAGGGGAUGUAGAGUUCGCGGAGACGUUUGGCUAUGGGAAACUAAAGGAACUGAUUGGCAAUGAUGGUAAUGGAGGACUACUAGGGGAGCUGACGAAUGGUAGUGGUGGAGCACUAGAUACACUAGCGAAUGGUAGUCAUGCUGGGUCAUUACAGCAGAUAACUAGUGCUGGCGCUGAUUGGCAGAAGGAAUACAGCAGUGCCAAGGACCAGAUAAGUGAUGCUAUCAAUAAGGUACGGGAUGUAUUGAAGCUAAUGAAGCAGGGAGUCAAGACAGAUGAAUUAAAGAAGCAGUUAAAUGGUCACGAAAAAGCGCUCCUUAAUGCCAUAGACAACAUAGAAGAUAUUGUAGGCAGUACAAGAUGUGUUCACUGCCAAGACCAUGCCACCAAGUGUGGCCAACCACCAAUACCCUCUAUCUGUGAGAAAUGCCACCAACAAUACAUGGAGGGCACACCGUCACCCCUCCAGGCAUUCCUCGAGGAUAGGUUACCAGGCUUUAGUUGUGACGUAGUGCGAAACACUGACACAGACAAAGACACAGUAUAUCCACCCGCUGCAUCCCACUUGGGACACUGUGGUGGUUCCGGACAGUGUUGCCCAUUGCCAAUGGGAUUUAGAGGGCAAUUCUAUAGUGGCAGCAUCACUAAUUGUACCGGCCAACGCCUUUACGGCAUCCUGUACUUCUUCAGUAACGAGAAUAUGAUGCAGUCGUGUGUCUAUACACUGGUGAGGGUAACCGCAGCACUCAGUGCUACCACACCACAGGUAUUGGGUGAUGUAUUCGGGUUCUUUAGAGGUGGUGUAGGAAAUCCACUAAAAGGGAAGAACAAGAAUAAUGGUGAAGCGACAUGUGGACACAAUAAGGACCCAUCUAAUAAAGACAAUGACGAUUACUUUUGUGGCUGGUGUGCCUCUGGAUUACGGGAUGAAGUAAAGAAGAUCGAGUGGAUACCAAAGAAGGAUCACGAUGGAGGGCAAUACAGAGGCACAGUAGGAGAAGCUCUGAUACAGAUUAAGGGCGAUAAAGACACUGGUGGCAAACAGACAGGCACUACUUCCCUAUCCACUCUCACAAAGGACUCAGAAUACGUCUCCCCCCUAACAGGUGAGCUUUAUACCGCAGUAAGUGCCACGUUCGGCAACACAUACCUCUCAUGGGUACUCUAUCUAUCAGAUGCACUUGAAGGGGGGCUACUGUCACUUGCUAGUGCAUUCAAGGAAAUUGAAUGCCGUGGUUGUACAGGAUGUGACCCCAAUAAGUGUAAGAAGGGACAUCAUGGUGAGAAGAAUACAGAAAACAGUGGACAGUGUGGAUGCCCUUCAAUCGUAUCAUGUACCGGGGUACUACCGGUGUUGUACAGACAUGGGUUUAGCUACGGUAACCCAUUCAACCUGGAGGGGUACCAGCAGAAUGAUACGGAUAAGGGAGAUUAUGGUAUUACAGACAAGGGUGGGAAGAAGCAUUGUCACGAGUUCCUAGAGAGCCUAAGCAAAGUACUAGAACACACUGAGAAGGACACCGAGAAGAAGGACCAGCAAACUACCCAUCCUCUGACAGAGCUACUAAAGCAGGUCGGCAAGCUCCAAUACGACAUACGGCUCCCGUGGAUCUUUGUCCUCACGGUAGCCUGGCUAGUAGCGGUGCUCUACCUAGCCUUUGGUGCCAUAUGGCCACUGGACUGGACACAUAUGAGGUCGCAUUGGUUAAGGGGUGGAGAGCACCAGUGGCAAUGUAUGUGGUAUAAGGUAAUGACGGGACGAAAGGGAAGAGUAGUGCUAGAGGGGUUGUAUGUAUUUUGGUAGACAGAGUGUCCAGUAGUGUAU